AUUUGGUCGACGGACUGCCAUCUUUCCUCUUGCUAAGCAAAGCGCCACCGGCCAUUUGAUUUGCUGCAGGUCCUCCGGAUACGCCAAAGUGGCAUGGGUGUGCAGGGCCUCACAAGCUACAUGGAAAAGAACAGACACUUCUUGCAGCACCUGAAGGUGAGGAACACUACCCUCAUCAUCGAUGGUUGCAGUCUCUACUACAAGCUGUACUUCACGUCAGGCUUGAAUCAGGAGCAUGGUGGAGACUAUGAUUCCUUUGCCCUCCUCGUCAACCAAUUCUUUGAGGCCCUGUCUGCCUGCCAGAUACAGCCAUUUGUCGUGCUGGAUGGUGGCAUGGACCCCACUGACAAGAAGUUCCGAACUAUGAAGGAACGACUCCAGGGUAAGAUAAAAGAGGCCAGCUCUCUGUCAAGAGGAGCAAGUGGCUCCAUCCUGCCACUCCUCACCAAAGAGACCUUUGUGCAGGUCCUGCGCACCAUGUGUGUGCCACUUGUUCAAUGCCCAUUCGAGGCUGACUGGGAGAUUGCUGCCUUGGCCAACCAGUGGAACUGUGCCGUGCUCACCAGCGACAGUGACUUCUACAUCUUUGACUUGAAAGCUGGCUACCUGCCCUUGGCUUAUUUUCAGUGGGGUAAUAUGAGAGCAUGCAAGAGCACCUCCGGGUGGUACAUCCCAGCGUGCGGCUUCUCUGUUGACCAAUUCUGUGCGCACUUCAACAAUAUGAGCAAAGCGUUGCUGCCUCUUUUUGCCGUCAUCAUCGGAAAUGAUUAUGUCAACCUGCAGGCCACCAAGAGGCUCUUCAGCCACAUUGACCUCCCCAAGUCGGGCAGGGCCGUAGGGAGCCGGAUGCAUUCCCGUAUUGACAGCCUCCUACACUGGCUGGCUGGCUUUACCGGCCCAGAGCAGGCCAUGGAAGCAGCCCUAGGGUUCUUAGCAAGUGAGCAUAGGGGGGUCAUGCAGGCUACGCUGUCCUCUGGGCUGCAGGACUAUGAGCUCUCGUCGAGCAACUUGGCCCUAUUUUUUGCCCGGGGGUUUGUGCCAACAGCUGACCUCCCUGAGCCUCUGGGCAGGCUGCCUGAGUGGAUCCUGCGUGCUCUCAGUGAGGCACAGCUCACACCCAUGGUUGCAGACGUGCUAGUGCUGCAGAGGGCACUCCUUGCUGUCCAGGUCGAAAACUGCCGCCUGCCUAGCAGCCACACCGCCUCCAAAUCCAUCCGCCAAUUGCUGUAUGGCUUGUUGCUUAACUGGAAGCAGAAGUUGAGCCAGAAGGUAGCAGUCUGUGGGCAGGACCAAAGGAAGCCUGGCUGUGGGUGGGGACAGGGGAGAGGACCCUCACUCAGUGAUGACCCUUACUGCGUGGAGGAGUUUGACCGGCAUGACUUGAAUCUGAGGAGGGUCCGGAUCCAAGCUGCUCUGCCAAGACUUCUUCAGCAGCUUCCCCUGGAACGGCUCAAUAUGGUGCCUCUUCCAGUUCGACGGCAGCUUCUUUUGGAAACGCUGGGUGUGGACGAAUCCCUUCUGCACACUAUACCACUUUCACUCCAGUUACCCCUGUGUGUCACCUGCCACUGGAUGAGCAACUGCAGUCCGAGACCCAGCAUGACCCAUGUGCAGGCUCUGCUUCUUGGGAUGGUGUAUGGGGAGAUCUGCAGACAAAGAGCUGUACACAGAGGACCGGCAGAAGCAUGUCCAGCCCUGACGUCUAUCUCUGAGAGACUGGACCAGCUGCACACCUUUAAAGGUCAGAGGAGGGGCACGAUAGAUCUGGACACAGCACACCUGUACAGUCAGUGGCAGUCCUGUCUGUGGAGCAGCUUCAACCUGAACCAACUGCUGUGCUGCCCACUCCCCGAGCCAGUGUGUGCCUGGCUGUACAGCGGUACACUAGUGCAUCAUGUUGUGAGGGAGCUCAAAGCAGGGGCCACUUCAGAGGCCCUUCUGGGUGGAGCUGUUCUCUCCAAGCAGCUGUACAGCAACCUCCUAGGGGCAGUGUGGAGAUUAACAGAGACUGCCUUAUCCUCUGCCAUCUCAUGUUCCUCCAAAAAAAAGAGAAGAGGCCGGAAACAAACAGUACAGAAGCAGCCAGGCACCAGAAGGAGGGGCCAGGCUACAGAUGUUGUCCCAUCCAACCUGGACAUCAACAAUAGAUUUGCACUGUUAGUGGUUGAUGAUGGGGUUGGUGAUGCUUGAGAUUUCAUAUUUACAGUUAAAUCAUGCAACUUUUGAGGUGAGGAGUAAUUUCACUUAAUGCCUCUUAAAGUAUCUCAUCUUAUGCAAAAAAUAUACUCCAUACCUUUUGCUUCAUUCCUUUGUUUUGUAUUUAGAUACAGCUAUAACAAGACUUUACCAAAGAACAGAAACACUUAUUUGUAAAAUUUUCAUGACUGGGGCAUUUACAUUUAUUAAUUUAGCAGAUGCUUUUCUC